ACCGCCCUGUCAGGUAACUAUUUACCUCCAUGUGGACGCAACCGUGGCCACACGCGCGCCCCCGCGUAGUCCUACGUCACCGCGCUCGCCCCUCUUCUCGCGCGCUGGUUAAAAAGAAGGAGGAAUGCGCACGGGAAAACAUGUGAGCGCUCUGAGGACUUUAGUGAGACACAACUUUUAUUUUUCUUAUGUUGUUUUGUCCCGAGCAAACUGAACAAACUGGCCGGCUGUGCUCAAACGGAAUUACAUUUGAAAGGAACGCCAUGCUCUCUGGGUUUUGACUUUUUGGUUUUCAUCAGGAUAAAUUGUACUGUUUUCCUUUUCUACUUUUUUAUUUUUCAAUUUUGAAGUUCAACCAUAUCACCCGGAGAAACAUUAGCCUAAUUUAUUUCAACACUUGUAACAACGUUAGUAAAUUGAGGACACCUGCGUGUACAAACUAUGUAUUUGUGAUUUUCCUGAAGGGGUUCAGCAGCUUGGAGAAAUAUAGUUGAAUAAAUACACAAACUGCACUGCAGGUUAACAUUUGUUUUUUUGGAAAAGGGAAGCUUACCUUGUGUGUGUGCGUGUGUUUAAAAAAACAUUUAGUUUUUGUUUUGCACUGUUUUUUUAAUUUUAUUUUUAUUCUCCUUCAAAUUAUCUAUAUAUUUUUUUUAAACUAUGAAGCAUUUGCAAUUUGUGCUCGUCCUCGCCAUCGCGGUCAACGUGUGGGAAUGUGGGGACGCAAAGUUCGGAGAGAGGGGAGAAAUAAGCCCCAGGAGGAGAAGAUGUUACGACGGAAGCUUACCCAAGCGGCUGAAGAAGAGGGAGCGAAAAGUGUUGCUUGACAGCACCAGCAGCGGAGAAGUUUGCCACAGGUUGUACCCACGCGUGUCCUGCUGUCCCACCAGGAGAGCCGCCUAUCAGAUCCUGCACCGCAGGGAUGCCAGGAUUUUCUCCACCAACAAUACAGAAUGUGGACGUCUCCUGGAGGAGAUCAAGUGUGCUCACUGCUCCCCCAAUGCCCAGGUAUUGUUCCACUCCUUGGACAUGGACAGGAUGCCACACAGGGAGCCAGACCUGCCACGGCUCUGCCAGGACUUCUGCCGCGAGUUCUAUUACACCUGCAGGGGGCACAUACCAGAACUGUUCCAAGCCGAUGUGGAUGAGUUCUGCCAAUACUAUGGAAGAAGAAGUGCCAGUUUAUGCUUUCCAGAUUUUCAACGAAGGCAGCCUUUUGGGCAAGAUUCCAACUCCCUGAAAGAUAUCGGCAGGAAACAAAAACACAACUGCUACUGUGCUCAAGAGGUUUUGAGUGGUCUGAGGCACCCGGUUGCUGUGGUGCACUGUGGUGAUGGCUCUCAGCGGCUUUUCGUCCUGGAGAGGGAGGGAAUUGUCAGGAUACUCACCCAUAACCUCGAACUAAUCAAGGAGCCCUUCUUGGACAUCCACAAACUGGUGCAAAGCAGCCUGAAGGGUGGAGAUGAAAGGGGCCUACUAAGCCUGGCAUUCCACCCCAAUUACAAGAAGAAUGGCAAGCUCUACGUCUCCUACACCACCAACCAAGAGCGCUGGGCCAUUGGACCACACGACCACAUUCUCCGUGUGGUUGAAUACACCGUUUCAAGAAAAAACCCAAACCAGGUAGACACCAGGACAGUCCGUAUGCUUAUGGAAGUGGCAGAGCUGCACAGGAAACACCUAGGAGGUCAGCUUCUCUUCAGCCCUGAUGGUCUGUUGCACAUCAUUCUUGGAGAUGGCAUGAUCACUCUUGAUGAUAUGGAAGAAAUGGAUGGACUCAGUGAUUUCACAGGGUCUGUCCUAAGGGUGGACGUGGACACAGACAUAUGCACAUCACCCUACUCCAUACCACGGAACAAUCCCUACUUCAACAGCACUAAUCAACCACCUGAAAUUUUUGCCCAUGGAUUACAUGAUCCAGGCAGGUGUGCAGUGGAUCGACUUCAGACAGACAAUGGGAGUCUUGUUAUCCUCUGCACAGAUGCCAGCGGCAAAAACACUUCGGCAGGAAGAAUAUUGGAAAUUACGACGGGGAAGGAUUAUGAAAACGAGCCCUCUGUGUAUGACCUCCAGUCCAGUGGAGGAGCACCACCUGUGGGGGGCUUCAUUUACAGGGGCUGCCAGUCUAGAAGGCUCUAUGGCAGUUACGUGUUUGGUGACAGAAAUGGUAACCUGCGGAUCCUUCAAAAGUCUGCAUUUUCACCAUCAGCAAGUGGAGAAGAAUGGCAGGAAAAACCUCUAAGUCUGGGCACAACUGGUUUCUGCAGCUCUAUCCUUGAUGGAAACAUUUUGGGUUUUGGAGAAGAUGAACUGGGUGAAGUCUAUAUCAUAGCUAGCAGUAAAAGCAUGGCACAGUUGCACAGCGGGAAACUCUACAAGCUGGUGGAUCCCAGAAGGCCUUAUGCCCCCAAGGAGUGCCAGCGUCAGGUGGAGCCACCAGAGCUGCUGAUGACAGCUUGUUCCAGACACUGCAACAACGGACACUGCACUCCCACUGGCAAGUGCUGCUGCAGCCCUGGCUGGGAGGGACCCCUCUGUCGAAUCGCCAAAUGUGAACCAGCCUGCCGCAACGGAGGAGUGUGCAUAGAGCCCAACAAGUGCCUGUGUAAGAGCGGCUAUUCUGGCGCCCAGUGUGAGAAGAGUGAGCGGGGUAUGCCCAAUGACCAGGAGAAAGAUGGCAUACUGGACCACAUCAUUGACAUGACCUCAUAUCUCUUAGACCUAACUAGCUACAUGGUAUAGGGGUGCGCGUAGGGGGCUGCUUCCCACUGCAUCCUUACAUUGACACAAAUCUACCUAACACCACCAGCAGACUCUCAUUGAGGUGCCAUUAAUGUGGCCUCUUAAUCUCCCUCAACCCCACACAGGCAUGCACACACACUUACACCUAAAUAGAAACAGGAUCCCCAUCUGACUGUUUGGAUCCAAAUCACCAAACCAAGCUCUUCUCUCACAUAUAAGCUAUUUGCUCCUGAGCACCAGGCCUGGCAUCCAAGUCGUGUUCAUAAUUCAGAGGCCUGCAGACAGCAGUGAGUUGAUUGACAAGCAUGACCAAGUUAUGGAAGUUCCACUAAGACAUUUCCACACCUGCCCACGGCUGGCUGCACAGGAACAGGAACUCCACAGGCACAGAUAUUUCUACCCCGAGACUCUGGAUCUUUUCAGGGGCUGUCUGUUUUCUUUUGUAAGACCACCCCCACCCCUCCAAAAAACGGAGUUUGAGGCGUUUCAGUGGAGACUUUGGAUGUUCGGGACCUCAUCAAGAAUUCAAAACUCAAAGGAGUGCUACAGCACAAGAGCUUAUUCGUGCUCAUGGCCGACUGAAAUCUCGAAAAUACGUCUACACACACAAACUUUAAAGGAACAACAACGACGGGUCGCAUAGAGCCAGCAGUGCUUGUGUUUUGCCAUUCUAAAUGGAAGAUCAUGUUGCCUCAUCUGUUGCGUUGUAUUUAGUCACAAACACUAAAGCCGUUAAAGUUCUUGCUGUCAGCGUAGAGAAUGGGUCGUCUUCGACAAAGGAUGGUUAAAUACACAGAAGUCGGAGCAACUGAGUGAGAACAAAGUCAAAACCAGUUUCAUACAACCUGAAUGGAAAUUUUGGCUUUCAUGCACUGUAAUCAUUUUUGUGUCAUUCAUUUUAUUCUUCAAAAUGAAUUCAAAGAUGUAUUUCACACAUAGGCACCACAUUAUUACAGGUGUGGCUUAAUAAAUUCCUUACAUUGUUUUACACACUGAAACUGAAACCUGAACUCCAAACUACAAAGGGAAGACAGAGCGCGGUGAUGUAUAUUUCCAAUAGAGCUUACCUAAGUACUACUUAGCAUUGCAAAAAAAAGCUAUAGCAUUACUAUUGUUAUCAUAGAGGAGGGUUUAUUUUUUUAAGCUUAAUAAUAUAUGGGAGAAUAUGAUGUUUAUAGAAGGCAGUUUUACACUAAGCUUGUCAGCUCAUGUCGUUUCAUGUUGUACUUAUACAUAUUGCAGCUUUUUCUGAAAUACACGUGAGGAUUUCUUUUUCUUCUUCCUUUUUUUUUCUGUCGGUGUAAAAGCAAUGCAUGUCUGUGCCUGCAUAGUGUAAUUCAGAGCAUUUGGCUGAGUCUAUCGAAACUAUUUCCUCUGACAUAUGGUUAUAUUACCACCGUCAAAAAUGUGUCUUUAUUGUGAGAUGAUCAAAGAUCCGGUCGGGCCUCAAAGUCACUGUAGAAACACCUCACAGUCGGACGCAGAUAUCAGCCGUGGGGAACCUAAUUCAGAUUAACCUGAGGAAGAAAACGCCAAGACUGAACCCUCUAAUGAGCAUCUGACUCCUUCACAGUCAGAAAACAGUUAAACACAUGCCGGGAUUGUCUGAAACCACAUUAGUGUGUGUCUAUGUUUUCAGAUGCCAGACGGAUAUUAUUGAAAGACAAUAAGCAUGCAUGCACACCCUGUCAUUUUUACAACAAGUCAUCUUAUGUUCCACUUUAAAUGAUCCAGGACAGAAGAUCCACUUCUGUUUUCAUAGUUUCACUUAUCGCGGUUAAUGGAAGUUUAGAAUCCAUAAAAUACUUCUUUCUUGUUCAUCUCCUGCUUCAUUGGUGUUUGCUGAAACGGAUGAACUUUUACUAUAUUCAAAUGGAAUUCAUACUGUUAAAUAAAAAAUCAUAUUUUUUUUAGCACUUAAUGUGAAAGUUGCAUUGUAGCUGCUGAGAUGGCGUGGUGUGAAUAGAAUAACCAUUUUCAUUAUUUAAGUAGUUACACAAAUAAAAUAAUUAUUUAAGUUCUCUUUGUUGUUUUUACCAUUGUGCUGUAUGUGACAUUUUUUAUGCCUGUAUUGUAAAUAAAACUAGGGAUAACUUUGUUUGUCUUCAAAAAUAUCAAUAUGUCUAUUAAAAUUUAUAGCAUGUCUGAAACUGGUGGUCUC